CCUAGCAACAGACAUAAAACAAGAUUUUUUUUAAGCAUCCAUUUUCCAAAUAACACAGUCACAAUAGUCUACCAAAAUAUGCAUUUAAAAGAUACUGUUAAGGACUCCAACAGCUUAUUGUUUGUCUUUAGUUCAUGAAAAGCUCAUGGAAACUUCAGUCUGUGUCCGAGCCAGCAGCAUAUAAAGACGCCUCGGAGAUGGGUCAACUGCCACGACAAAGCUCGGAGCCUGUGGAUCCCAUCUAUGACUACCCCAAAGCCUACCGUGAUAAACAACUGGUUAAGGAGCCCUUGUACGUGGCCAUGGACGAAGUUGACGACAGACUCACAGGGUCCAUCCCUCAGGCCUGGGAUAAACUCGGGACGAUAACACGCCAACAGUUUUCUAAGGCUGUAUCGAUGGAAGCCCCAGAUAACAGCCUCUUAAAUCCCGAUCAAAGGGAUGUUGUAGUCCUGCAGGCUGACCUUAAGGAACAUCUCUCCCUGUCCGAGGUGGAUGGAAGACUCAGUGUGUCGGGGUGGACGGGCCAGCCGCUGGGUCUGUUCCGGGAGGGAGACCAGUUCCUAGCUCUGAACGACCUGCUCACCUGCAGCAUGGUGGAGUUUCAUGCCUACCUCAGCAGAUCCCUAAAAAAACAGGUCAAAGUGACCAUCUUGCGUCACCUGAAAGUCCCCAUCCACCGUCGCCACAGUUUACCUCACACUCUGUGAGCUAAACUGUGCAGGUUUAGACUUACAAGAGUUUGUAAUUCCGGGUAUCAUUUUAUCAUAAAAUGGUGGGAAGUUCGCCUUCGACACCCAGUUUGUGACAUUGUGAGAAUUCAAAUGCAAGGGCUUUCAUCCACAGACCAUAGGCUCAAUCACUAUUGUGAUACCUCAUUCGGUGAUGGAUAGUUACUUACAUUACCUUACAUUUAUUGAAACGAGAUUCGAGAUUCUUCGAGAUUGCCACUAUAAGUCAUCAUUUACUCUGUAGUCAACUUGAUCCAUCUACAUACACUAUAAAGCACUUAAUCCUGCACUAUAUCACUUUUCCACUACAGCUAUUCACUCCAUUAAAAAGUAUCUGAACUAGAACAUUUCUCAAGAGUAAAGUGUGCCUCUCCACGAGUCAUUCAAUCCCGG